AUAAUAUAAAACACUGAAAAACAAAAAGAUAAUAAUAAUAAUGUUGCUAUCACCUAAGACUAGCAAUACUGACGAAUAUGAUGACGAUCCUUGGAUAAAAAUCGUGCAAUCUGGAAAAUGUGUUGAAGAAGCACAACAAGUACAAGAAUGUUACUUCGAUAAACGUGAUUGGAGACUUUGCGCAGAGGUUCUUAAUCGUUUCCGUCAAUGUUGGAUUGAUAAAGAUAAAAAAAAUAAGCUGAUUAAAGAAAAAUAAAAGAUUUUUAAUA